AUGUCACUUAUCUCAUCACUGACUUCGUCGCCUAUGGCGAGUCCUUCUGCAUCUUGGCCGUUGCUAAAGACUGACCUUGCCACCACAACUGUGCCGCAGUGCGGGAAAAACCAAAAGAUUGCCAUUGACAAUGUGAAGGUGUUCGAUGGCUGGAAACUGCUGCCCCCAUCCACAGUCAUCAUUGACGGCACGGUUAUAGGAGACGACGAAUCCCAUGUUACGGUGCGAAUUGAUGGAGAAGGCGGCGUUCUUCUUCCUGGCUUUAUCGAGUCUCAUGCCCAUCCACGAAAUAAUGACGAUCUGGAGGCCCUCACAAGUAACGGGGUCACGACCGCAUUUCAAAUGGCUUGUUUUGCAAAGGGUCAAUGCACAGCUCUCGACGGCCAGAAAGGUCUCGUUGAUCUCCUGGCGGGGACUACCCCUGCAUCUGCCCCUGGAAGUACGCAUGGUGAUCUCAUCCAGAACAACACGUCGGACCCAAGUUUGCUUGUUCAAGGAGAAACCGACGUUUCGCGCUGGGUUGAAGAACAGCUCUCGUGGGAGCCCGACUUCUUCAAGCUGGUUGUGGAGACUCCUGGUCUUUCACAAAACACCUUGGAUGCUUUGGUUGGUCAAGCACAUAAUCACAGCAGGCAGGUUGUAUGCCAUGCAGCAGACGCCGAGUCCCACGUCCAAUCUAUGAAGUCAGGCACAGACCAAAUUCAUCACACUCCGCUCGACAAGCCAAUCACACACGAUCUGGCUCAACAAGUCUUUGAACGCGGCCAGGUCCUUGUCCCCACAUUAUCCAUAAUGAAAGCAUUCGCCGAUCUUGGGGACGCCGGGCAAUUCAGUUACGAGGCUGCUCGUGAAUCACUGAGGUUGUAUCAUGAAGCCCACGUUCCGAUUAUAGUUGGGACAGAUGCAAACCAUGAAAUUUCCGCCGCCGUAUCCUUCGGAGUAUCCUUCCACGAAGAACUUGUGCUUAUGGCGGAGGCUGGAAUGUCGAAUGUUGAGCUUCUCAGAUCUGCUACGGUUGUGCCAGCCAGGCAUUGGGGAUUAAACGAUCGAGGAAGCAUCAAGCCUGGAAAGAGAGCUGAUUUGAUCUUGGUCGAGGGAGAUCCUACUAACAACAUCGAGGACACGCGCAACAUUAAGAGGGUGUGGGUUGCUGGAACGGAAUACACCAAGUCUCAGUAG